CGGCCGAGCGCAGCGCCAGAGGCCGCCGCGAGAGACAGCCGCAGCAAAAGCCUCUGCUCUGCUCCUUCACCAGUUCACCUGACCUCUCCUCCAUUGCCGCCACUGCUCUCCCGACCUCCUCGCCGCCGCCUCAGGGCCUCAGCAUAGCACGGCGCAGAAGCCAAGCAACAGCAGGAGGAGGAAGAAGAAGAUGGAGGUGGAGGCGAUGCUGGAGGACGACGUGUUCUUCGCCGAGCUCAGCAAGCGGAUAUCGCUGCUCAUCACCGACGACGACGACGGCGCCGACUUCGCCGCCGCCGCGCAGUUCAUCCCCGCCGCCGCGCCCCUCCCGGGGUUCACGUCGCUCGCCCAUGUGCAGCCGCGGCAGCAGCAGGGGGGAGGCGCGUCCUCGCUGCUGGCGCCACCACCCUACACGUUGUACCACCACGGCGCCAGCUACGGCGGGGACAGCGCCGCCAGGGCGGUGGCGGCGGCGUGGCAGCAGCAGCAGUGCGGCAGCAAGGGCACCGGCGUGUUCAUCCCGCGGUCCACGCCGGGGGCCGCGCACCCCAAGAAGAAGGGCAAGAACAGGGGCAGCGCCGCCGCCAAGGCCGCGCGGGCCGGAGCGGCGAACGCCCUCGCCGCCGGCGCGCCCGCCAAGAAACGCGUCUGAUCUGAACUUCUCAUGAAUCAAACAGGAAAAGGAAAAAAAAGCACAACUAACUCAGAUGCAGUGCAACGACGACAGCAACAGUGCUGAAACUGAAACGAAGUGCCCAGCGGGAUCAGCAGGAUUAGUUAAUCUGUUUAAUUAAUUAUUAAUUAAUUUAAGGUAUUAUUACUGCCGCUAUUCUUAUAUGGAAAAUAAUAAGCCAUGGUUUACUCCCCUACCGGGUCCAAAAUGUAUAAUGUGAGCCCUAGGUAGGGGAGGGAACAUGGGUUGGGGGCGCCACCGCACAAAUAAUCCGUGUGUAUAGUGAGUGGCUGGUGGCGCCGUAGUUUUUUUCUCUUGGCUCGGUCAUUUAUUAAUUAUUCUUUUUUAUUUCUUUCUUCCGCCCAUUUUUGUAAGAUGAUGAAGAAAUGAAUUCGAUUGGUGUACUAGUGCUAGUGUAAGAGAAUGGAAAUGUCAAUGUGCAAGUGAUUGGUGCUA